AUGGCAACCAUCUUUUGGGAUACCAAAGGGCUCAUUGACUACUUGCCACGCGGCCAGAUUAUUACUGGAGAGUACUACUCCGAUCUCCUGGACCGUUUGCGGACUGCUAUUCUUGCCAAACGUCGUGGAAAGAUCACAAAAGGUGUGCUGCUCCAACAUGAUAAUGACAGAGUGCACACCUGUCGACUUGCGGUUGCCGCAGUGAAGCGGAACGGGUUCAAAGUAUUGCCUCAUCCACCUUACUCACCAGACCUGGCACCAAGCGACUACUUUCUCUUACCAAACUUGAAGAAAGAACUGCGUGGACGUCAUUUCCGGUCCGAUGAUGAACUCCCGACAGCAGUGGAGGGGUGGUUACACGAACAACCCCAUGGUUUCUAUCAAAACGGGCUUUGA